AUGGCAACCGCCACAAACCCAACAGGUUAUGGGCCCAGAAGGGGACUACUAUUUAACGGCGAUGAAAGUAAAUAUGAACUAUGGGAAGUAAAGUUUCUGGCGCAGAUGAGGCUACAAAAAUUACACGAUGUAUUUGUGCCAGGUGAUAAAGAACCCGAUGCAUCGAGGAACGGAGAUGCUUUCGCGGAGUUGGUACAAUGCCUAGAUGACAGAAGUUUGGUGCUAGUUAUACGCGAAGCAAAAGACGAUGGGCAGAGAGCAUUGGAGAUAUUGUGACAGCACUACCAAGGAAAGAGCAAGCCUCGAGUUAUCUCACUAUACACAGAACUGACGACGCUCAAGAAAACGGACAGUGAGAGUAUCCUUGAUUAUGUCAUACAGGCUGAAACGGCUGCGACAGCAUUGAGAAAUGCAGAUGAAGCUGUAAGCGACAUGUUAUUGAUCGCGAUGGUGCUAAAAGGAUUACCAAGUAACUUUAAUACAUUCUCGGCGAUAGUUGUCCAACGAGACAAGCAAAUGACAUUUGCAGAGUUUAAAGUCGCACUGCGUAGCUACGAAGAGAGCGAGAAAAGUAGAAACGGUAACAGCGAGACGGGAGAAAAUAUUAUGGCCAUGAAGAACGGCGAGAGAUUUGACGGAGUUUGUUUCAAGUGCGGGAAGAAGGGACACAAAAAGUCUGAAUGUUGGUCGAAGUCGGGAAAGAACGGAAACGAAAAGUGGUGCAGUCGUUGUAGAAACAAAACGCAUGAUACGAAGGAAUGCCGAUCAAAUAUGGGGAGAAAUGAUUCUGUGAAGAAAGCCGAAGAUCAAGGAAGAACGAAGACUGAGAACAGUGAACAUACGUUUACAUUUAAAGUCAGUGACAGUAGUGGCUGUGGUAAGAGUUAUAGUAACAAUCUUUUAGUAGAUACUGGCGCUACUAGCCAUAUUGUAAAUGAUAAAUCUAAGUUUAUAAGUUUUGAUGAAGAUUUUGACCCAAAUGCGCACAUUAUAGAGCUCGCAGAUGGCAGUAAGGCUAAGGUUGUGACAGGUAAGGGCGUUGCAAAGGUUAAGCUAUAUGACGUAAACGGAAGUUCUCAUGAUCUAAUUUUAAAUAAUGCGCUUUAUGUCCCAUCGUAUCAGCAGGAUAUCUUUUCAGUCAAUGCAGCAAUAGAAGAGGGCGCAAGCAUAAGCCUAGAUAAGCAUAGCAAGAGUUUUAAGAGCUCGGAUGGUGCAGUUUUUAAUAUUGAACAGGUAGGUCGUUUAUUUUACCUAAACGGUAUUUCAUCUUCCAAGAAUAAUGCGGGUACAAUUUUAGAGUGGCAUAGAAUUCUAGGGCACUGUAAUUUUUCAGAUAUUUAUAAGCUUGAAAAUGUUGUAGAUGGAAUGAAGAUCACUAGUCAUAAGGAAGUGGAAUGUAAAACAUGCACACAAGGUAAGAUAAGAGAAAUAGGACACCUGAUAAGAGAGCCAAUGCCCCCAUUUGAUUUAGUUCAUUCAGAUUUAGCUGGACCAAUUAGUCCAGGUGGUAAGGAUGGUUUCAAUUAUGCAUUGUCUUUUGUGGAUGAUUACUCUGGUGUUAUCAUGAUAUAUUUUUUAAAGCAUAAAUCUGAUACAGGCGAAGCUACUAAACAAUUUUUAGCAGAUAUUGCCCCUCUUGGUAAAGUGAAAUGUAUCAGAAGUGAUAAUGGUGGGGAAUUUAUUGGGCAAAAGUUUAAGUCUCUACUCCGAGAGAACACAAUUAAACAUGAAGCGUGUGCCCCAUAUUCACCCCAUCAAAAUGGCACAGCAGAAAGAGCUUGGCUUAGCUUAUUUAAUAUGGCAAGGUGUUUGUUGUUAGAAGCCAAGUUACCCAAAAUGUUAUGGACAUAUGCUGUGAUGGCUUCAGCAUAUAUAAGGAAUAGGUGCUUCAAUGACAGAUUGGGCAAAACCCCAUAUGAAGCCUUAACUGGCAUAAAGCCAAAUCUGAAUAAUAUGUACGUAUUUGGUGCAGUAUGCUAUGCAUAUGUGCAAGGUUCUAAGAAGCUUGAACCUAGAAUAAGGACGGGAUUUUUGUAG